AUGCCAGCUCCUCUGAAAUCUUUAGCGUGUCAGAACUGCAAACUGAAGAGAACGAAAUGUGAUCAAAACUGGCCCUCUUGUUCGCAAUGCAUCCGGAAAGGUGUUCGCUGCCCUGGGCCAUCGUCGUUGAUCAAGAUUAUCAACAUUGGCAAUCAUGUUUCUUCUACAACUGAGCCUUCCGAACAGACCGCUCUACAGCCUGGUGAAACUUCUAAAGCUGCAGUACUGGUCCAACGAGAGCCUUUGAAACAGUACGCAAACGGGCACGCAAUGAGGGGCAGAAUGCGCCUCCAGAUCCCCCUUUUCACGUUGAGCUCACACGCAGAUACCGUCGCAGCCCAGGCCGUAGCCUUGGUUCAAACGGAAAGUCUCACUGCUUUCGCAAUGCACCAGUUAGUGGACUAUUCUCCUCAGAGGAUAUACCACAGUUCCUGCCUACUUGAUUGCGUGGCGUUGUCCUGUCAACUUUGGAUUCGGUGUUUUAAGCGUCGCGAGCCGCUGUCAGCUGUACUUGGAAGCAAGGCGUAUGGCAAGGCAAUCCGGAGCCUGAAGCGUGCUGUAGCAGGCGACCAAUUAUACACUGUCGAGACUGUGGGUGCCAUGAUGCUCUUUUACGGAUUCAUGCGUUUCUCCGGGUUCUACUCGUCUAUUGAGCUACUGCCACAUCAACUUGGAAUACGACGGGUAAUCAAACAGAUCGGGCCCCCAGACCUGGAGUCCGAUGAGCUUUACUUUGAGAUAUGCCUCGCGCACCUCUCUAUCAUGUUUGAACAGAUAAUGUAUUAUCCUGAAUUACGAUAUACGGAGCAAAUCCAACCCCAAGAUGUUUUCAGUGAUUUAAAUCAUUGGUUUAUAUUAAAGGGUGAAUCAGUUGGGGGUGACAGCCAACAGGAAGAUACAGAGGAUGGAGCCGCCGAAACAAACGAUGACGACGCUGAAGAAGAUGAUGACGACUCCGGAAUAGACGAUGACGAGGACACUUUGUUCGAACUUAUCGGCAGCUUUUACUGCUCCGCCCUGGUCCCCUACUACGUGAACUGGUUCCCAACUAUAACUGAGAUUCUACAGGACCCUUCUAGAAUGAACAAUAGAAGAACUGCGUUAUGUCGAUGGCUAGAAAGGGCUACGCGAAAACUGGAGGCAACUAGAUUUUGGCAGAGGUGGAUGAAGUUGGGUUGCAUUACUGAAUGCCUCGAUCCAGAUUUCUUCCUCGGUUAUCGAGUUGAGUUUACAUCAUUUCAUAUAGCUCAACUAGCUAUUACAAUGAUCAUGAUCGAGGUGGUACUUCGUCGAACCUACUAUGAUCUGGGAUCGUCAGGUUCAGCUCCAGAUGGGGAUGCGUACAGAAGAUAUCUUGAUGCAUGCUUCCGCGGAUGGCUGAGCUUACCAUAUUUGCAAAGUUUAGACGCACUAUCCGCACCGGAACUCCUCAAACCGCUUAUAUUUACAUUGGAGCCUGCGAGUACUGAGCAGCUUGGCCAUAUGCUCCGGCUAGAUCUCCCUUGGAAGGCGUGUGGGUUCAAAAACCCGGAGGACAUUGAAGGUUCCAAAGCAUGGAUUCAUGAGCUGGCGAAAAGAAUGACUGGGCGAAUGCCUCGGCCGAAAGAUGCAGAAUCAUCAAAUGAGGUCUAG